UAAUAUAAUGAGGAAACCUGGUACCUAUACCUAACUCAAAACACCGACAAAGUAGCUCACAAAAAAUGUCAACAACUGCUUGAUGAAAAACUUGAACGUUUUGUAAAGAAAUCACACGGAUGUUGAAUUUAAAUUGAAAUAUAUUAAUUUUUUCAUUGCUCUUCGAGUUAUAGUUGUUUUGUUCGUUUAUGAUUCAAGUUGAGGGAAUUAAUACAGGGAUCUGUUGCGUUUUAAAUAAUUACACGUCUUUGUUAGUCAAGUUGAUUAAGCGAAAAUUCAAGUCUGCUUCGAAUCGGUCGCAAAAUGAAUGGAUCGCUCACGUACUUAAUCGUCGAUCGAAAUCUAGAACUUUUGUUGUUUAUGAGUGACAGAGACAGAGUAACAACCAUUUCAACAACUGAUAAAUUCGGGCAAUUCAGCGUAAUCGAAAUUAUUUGAGAUAACAAUGCAGUUGCCUUUUGAAGGAGAAGGAGCUAUUAGCUUAGUCAGUCGGAAUAUUUAUUGAUACCAACCGGUUGUUUAUUUUGUCAUAGAAUAUACGAACGUGCCUAAUUAUUUUUAUUCAAACUGUGCUACUUGGUACGAAAUUUGUAGUGUAAAUUCGGAAAGAAAAUACCACCAUGGUGAACUGGAUGAACAAAGGCCUAUUUAAUCGAAGCCCAAAAAAGAAUCGAACUUCAAAACCAAAAGAGGAAAAAGACAAUGAUCUGAAAUCGAAUGAAGAAAAGAUGAAUGAAUUACUUUCAUCUACCCGAAAACUGAAACAGCUUGUAUCCGAACUGAACAGCGAUUUCACUUCUUUCCGAUGCAACCAUCGUAAUGCCGAAGAAGAGGUACGAAAGUUGAGAAAAGAAAUCAACACGAACUCGUCGAUAGAAAAAGAGUUUACGAAAAACAAAAAACGUGAAAUAGAUGCUACAAUUGUCUGCCUUGAAAAUUAUUUAACGAUGGAAAGGGUGAAUUUUGAAUUUGCCUGGAUUCAUAAAAACCUAUUCAGUGCUGAGCUGUUGCAAUUGGAAAACAAAAUUUUGGAAAUCAGAAAAACUGCAUCUAAAACUUAAUCCAGGAAACGAUUGCAGAAUAAAGUACGUGGCUGAGAAAACUCGAAAUCACCGAGAAUAAUUAAAUCCAUCUUGCAAGGAGCAGCAAGAUUGUGCUUUCACUUACGAUUUUCAAUUUUCAUACAACGUUUUUGUGAUUUUUUUACAUUCCUAUUCCCAAAAUAAAAUAUUCAUUUUUGUAAUUGUCACAUAAACUUAAAUUUACCCAGGUAUUAUGUAGUUAGUCAUUCGUUUUGAAUAGAAAUAAGCUAUCUCAGUAGGUAUUAAUUUUCAAAGGUCAACAUUCUUCAUUUCAAUUUUAAGCAUUUUAAUCAUUGAUUUGUUCCUUUAUUCGUAUUUACCUAAUUAAAUUUACCAAGGUAUCAUGUAUGUAGUUGGUCAUUCGUUUUGAAUAGAAAUAAGCUACCUCAGUCGGUAUUAAUUUUCAAUGGUCAACAUUCUUUCAUUUUAAUUUUAAGCAUUUUAAUCAUUGACUUGUUCCUUUAUUCGUAUUUACCUAAGAUAUCACUUGGUGUUAGUACAUUACAUUUUUAUACAUUUGAAGAGUA